AGCAUGAUCGUUUAGUAAGACAUCACUUUCAUGGUUGUCCAAAAGCAGAAGACGAACACAAACCCAUAUCUCAAAGUGCACGCGUCUAAUCUUCACACGCAAGAAAAUUCACCUGCUUCCUUCAUAGGCAAGCGACAGAAAUAGUGAGACUCAUUUUUUUGGAACCUUACAAAGACCAAUUUCCACUUCCGAAAUUCUACUAAGCUUCACAUUUCAUCGAACACAUGAUCUUCACUUCUCUUCAUCCACUUCCAAGAAGUCUGCUAUAACCAUGUCGAUCAUUGCUUUCUACUCUUUAACAAUAUACUUGGCUCUAAUUUUAUGCGUUGAAUCAAAAUAUAUAGCUUACAAUACCACGGGAACAAUUGUUCCGGGCAAAAUUAAUGUUCAUUUGGUGCCUCACUCUCACGAUGAUGUUGGCUGGUUGAAGACAGUUGACCAGUACUAUUUUGGUGGUAACAAUUCGAUUCGGGGGGCGUGUGUUCAGAAUGUAUUGGACUCUGUUAUUUCUGCUUUGUUUGAGGAUAAGAAUCGCAAGUUCAUCUACGUUGAAAUGGCAUUCUUUCAGCGAUGGUGGAGACAGCAAAGUGAAACAAUGAAGGCUAAAGUCAAAGAGCUUGUCAAAUCUGGUCAAUUAGAAUUCAUAAAUGGGGGAAUGUGUAUGCAUGAUGAGGCAACCCCACAUUAUAUUGAUUUGAUUGAUCAAACAACUCUAGGGCAUCGAUUUAUCAAAAAUGAAUUUGCUCAAUUCCCUAGAGUUGGUUGGCAGAUUGACCCUUUUGGACAUUCUGCUGUUCAAGCUUAUUUGCUCGGUGCUGAGCUAGGAUUUGAUUCUCUCUUUUUUGCUCGAAUUGAUUACCAAGAUAGAGCUAAGCGGUUAGAGGAGAAGAACCUUGAGUUUAUCUGGCGGGGUUCCAAGUCCCUUAGUUCCACUUCACAGAUAUUUACCGGUAUAUUUCCUAGGCAUUAUGACCCCCCCGAUGGUUUCACAUUUGAAAUAAAUGACAUAUCACCUCCUAUUCAGGAUGACAUUCUCCUAUUUGACUAUAACGUUCAAGAGAGAGUCGAUGAUUUUGUAGCUGCUGCUUUAGCUCAGGCUAAUGUAACCAGGACAAAUCAUAUAAUGUGGCUCAUGGGGACCGAUUUUCGUUAUCAAUAUGCAAAUUCAUGGUUCAGGCAGAUGGACAAGUUCAUCCAUUAUGUUAAUGAGGAUGGUCGUGUAAAUGCUUUAUAUUCAACCCCGUCCAUCUAUACUGAUGCAAAAUAUGCAGCUAAUGAACAAUGGCCUAUUAAAACUGAAGAUUUCUUCCCGUAUGCAGAUCAUCCAAAUGCUUAUUGGACAGGUUAUUUUACAAGCCGGCCAGCCUUUAAAGGCUAUGUUAGAAUGAUGAGUGGUUACUAUCUUGCUGCACGGCAACUUGAAUUCUUUAAAGGCAGGAAUAGUUUGGGACCAAACACUGAUAAACUUGCUGAUGCUUUGGCAAUUGCUCAACAUCAUGAUGCAGUUAGUGGUACGCAAAGGCAACAUGUUGCUGCCGAUUAUGCUCUGCGUUUAUCUAUUGGCUACAUGGAGGCUGAGAAGUUAGUUGCUUCUUCUCUUGCUUUCUUGGCAGAGUCAAGAUCAAGCAGUGGACAGGGGAACUCAGUCACAAACUUUCAGCAGUGUCCUCUACUUAAUGUAAGUUACUGUCCUCCAUCAGAGGCUAUUUUGUCUGAUGAGAAAAGCUUGGUUGUUGUUGCUUACAAUCCUCUAGGAUGGAAGCGAGAUGAAGUGAUAAGAAUUCCGGUUUCUACUGAAAAAGUUGUUGUUAAAGAUUCAGAUGGGAGAGAAAUUGAAUCUCAACUUUUACCUAUUUCAAAUGCAACUUUGUUCAUGAGAAAUAAGUAUGUCAAAGCAUAUCUGGGUAAAUUCCCAAGCGAAACACCCAAAUAUUGGCUUGCAUUUUCAGCAUCCAUACCACCCCUUGGUUUCAGCACUUACACAGUUUCAAGCACAAGACAGACAGGAUCUAGUUCAACCAUCUCUCUAGUCCACAAAUUGGAUGAAAGUACAAAUGAGAACAUAGAAGUUGGGCAAGGAAGUUUAAAGCUGCUUUAUACUGCAGAUGAAGGGAAACUUACUUAUUAUACUAAUAGCAGAAGCCUGGUUGCUGCUGCUGUUGAACAAUCCUACAGUUAUUAUACUGGAAAUGAUGGCACGGAUGAAGAUCCACAGGCAUCUGGAGCAUAUGUUUUUCGCCCAAAUGCUACCUUCCCAAUAAAAUCUGAAAACCAGGUUCCUUCAACUUUUGUAAAGGGUCCAAUACUGGAUGAAGUACAUCAGCAGGUCAACCCAUGGAUAUCUCAGGUUACCAGAAUCUACAAGGGGAAGGAGCAUGCUGAAGUUGAGUUCACUAUUGGGCCUAUACCUGUGGAUGAUGGGACCGGUAAAGAAAUCACAGCUCAAAUUAAAACCACCAUGAAGACCAAUAACACAUUCUACACAGACUCUAAUGGACGUGACUAUAUUAAACGGAUUCGAGAUUUUAGGACAGACUGGGACCUCGAAGUGAAUCAACCAGUUGCUGGAAAUUAUUACCCCAUCAAUCUUGGAAUUUAUGUACAAGACAACAGCACAGAGCUCUCAGUUUUGGUGGACCGCUCAGUGGGAGGGUCUAGCUUGGUGGAUGGCCAAAUAGAACUGAUGCUCCACAGGAGGUUGAUUCAUGAUGAUAAAAGAGGUGUUGGUGAGGUGCUCAAUGAGACAGUUUGUUUCUUAAAUGGAUGCGAGGGCUUAACUAUACAAGGGAAGUUUUUUGUUAGAAUUGAUCAUCUUGGAGAAGGUGCCAAGUGGCGUCGGACAGUUGGCCAAGAGAUAUAUUCCCCAAUUCUCUUAGCCUUCACAGAGCAGGAUGGAAGUAAUUGGAUAAAUUCACAUACACCUUCUUUUUCAGGAAUUGAUCCGUCCUACUCUUUACCUAAUAAUGUUGCUGUUAUAACCCUUCAGGAACUUGAAAAUGGAAAGGUGCUUCUUCGGUUGGCUCACCUAUACGAGACUGGAGAGGACAAAGAUUAUUCUGUUGUGGCAAUUGUGGAAUUGAAAAGGCUAUUUCCAAACAAGAAGAUAAGUAAAGUAACAGAGUUGAGUUUAUCUGCCAAUCAAGAAAGAGCUGUCAUGGAGAAGAAGAGGUUGAUGUGGAAAGUAGCAAGUGACAAAGAAGAACACAGGGUGACAAGGGGAGGACCUGUUGAUCCUGCCAAGUUAGUUGUAGAACUUGCUCCUAUGGAGAUCCGCACUUUCUUUAUAGAUUUCAAUCAUCUGCAAAUGUUUGGUUCCUGAAAUAUGAAAAGGAUGGAAUUCGGCUGCAGUACGCACAAGAGAGUCUCAAAAGGAGGGAUCCUGCCAAGUGGUGAGAUGAAGUAGUUGCAGUAUCUAUCUGAAAGUUGCAAAAACAGAACGAUGAGUUAUAAUAAAUACAGUCGGCAUGGUUUAAGUUUCAUAUAUCAGUCAUGCAUCAUAAUGUAUAAAAGAGGGAGUGUCACUUGUGUGAGGAGUGGGUCUUCUCAUUUAUGUGAGGAUUUUCGAGUUUUCUGGACCAUAAAUGUUUUCACCAAUUUAGUGAGUGCAGGGGAUGAUACCCCUAUUGUGUAGCCUGUAGUGUUAUUUCGGCUCAUCGGGCUUCUUAAUGAAUUAAAAAAAAGAGGAGUGUCACUUGUGCAUGACAAACGUUUCUCUUGCGUAAAUUGCAGCAAUAUGAUCACCAAUUCUUAUACCA